AUGCGGCAGAAGACCGGCAGGAGGGAGGGAGGGGCGGAGCUGCGGGCGCGGGUCCUCAGCGCGGAGGAGGAGCGGAGGCUGCGGGGCCACGGCGCGCUGGUGUCCGACUUCCGGCAGCAGAAGCUGGAGAGGGAGGCCCGGAGGAACUGGGACCUUUUCUACAAAAGGAACCGCACGCGCUUCUUCAAGGACAGGCACUGGACCGCCAGGGAGUUCGGGGAGCUGAGGGCGUGCCGGCAGUUUGAAGAUCAAAAGCUGACAAUUCUUGAAGCUGGCUGUGGGGUUGGAAACUGUUUGUUCCCGCUUCUAGAGGAAGACCCGAAUAUCUUUGCCUACGCCUGCGAUUUCUCCCCAAGGGCAGUUGAAUAUGUCAAGCAAAAUCCCUUAUACGACCCAGGAAGGUGCCGGGUCUUCCAGUGUGAUCUGACGUGUGACGACCUUCUAGACCACGUCCCUCCAGAGUCCGUGGACGUCGUCCUGCUGAUAUUUGUGCUCUCCGCCAUCCAUCCUGAGAAAAUGCCCCUUGUCUUACAGAACAUCUGCAAGGUGUUAAAACCGGGUAAAAGGGUGUUAUUUCGAGACUACGGGCUGUAUGACCACGCCAUGCUGAGGUUCAAAGCCGGCAGCAAACUUGGAGAAAACUUCUAUGUCCGACAGGACGGGACCAGGUCGUACUUUUUCACGGAUGGGUUCCUGGCGCGGCUCUUCACGGAGGCGGGCUGUGAGGAGGUGCUGAGCACAUACGUGUUCCGGGAGACGGUGAACGAGAAGGAAGGCCUGCGCGCGCCUCGGGUGUUCCUCCAGAGCACCUUCCAGAAGCCUCUGCGGAGCGCAGCUUCGGGGCCGCGCGGCCGGGUCCCACACCCUGGUCCCUCGUAGGCUGCACCUGGGCCUUCCCUCGCCUGGGGUGGUUGGGCUUCUUGUCUUUAUGUUCUUAUAUUGGAACUUUUGUAAUGAGUGUGCACAGUGUGGGUUUACUUUCCACAAGUCGGUGACCCGCGGCCAACCGGGUAGGUUGCCUCGUUAAUUUCGGAUAUUUUGAGAGAGGCCAUGUUCACAGAAUUUUUGUGGCCACACUUUGGUAAACUUGUCCCAUUUUUAUCGUUGUUGUUAAUCUCUUGCUGUGCCUGACUCAUCAGCCAGACUUUCCCACAGGUGUGUCUGCAGAGGAAAGCGGUGGUGUGUGGACGGUCAGGGCCUGUCCACGGUCAGGCAUCCACGAGGACCUAGAACAUGUCCCCAUGGAUAGGCAGGAGCAACUGUAUGACUUCUGUAUUAAAAAGUAACAAGCGCGUGUGUGUGUUGAGUGUGAGUGUUAUAGAAAUGCAAAUAAAACUCCAAGGCCUGAGAAGUAAA